AGCUCGCGGCCCGCCCAACAUAUCCUGAGUAAAAACAUCCCCACACCAGAGUCAAGAUGGGGAUUUUGCAACACAAACCUAGAACUUUUGGGGGUCACGCAUCACAAGUUGCAGUCCGUAGUGUAGUGCAGGCUCGCAAGGCCAGCUGUAUCAGGAAUCCAUCUGCUCAUCCUGUUUACAGCAUUACAAAUUCCAAAACACGACUAAAAAUGCCUCUCCUGGCGAUGCGCAUUACAAAUGUUCCUGUCAUUGCAAAUCUGCAUGACAAUUCUGGCGUGGGUACGUUUUUACUCAGGAUACAACAUCGCAGCGGGUCACGUUUGAAGACAUCGACUCGGAGGCUAUCAAAUGUAAAAGUGUCUGGGUCUGGAAGAUUGCCAGGUUUGUCAUGCACAUUUUGCAUAACUCCUGAUCGAUCUGUGACGCAUGCCCUAGCAUGACAGAUUUUGUGAGGGCUUCCUGAUACCUACACCGCAUGACAAAUGCUCUUUCCGUGUAGCAAAAAUUGGACUCUCUUUGCUGCUCAUGCAAUACAGAUUUUUUCAGGAUCCAAAAUCAGCAUGACAAGUUGGAUUCUUCCAGACCCAGACAUUUUUACAGUUGAUAGAGGCAGUAACGGACCAACAACUGACCGAGCCUGAGGUGAUUACCUUCGUGGACAACGGUGUUGACAAUGAUGACACCCUGCUGAAUAUCAAAUGUAAAAGUGUCUGGGUCUGGAAGAAUGCAUGUUUGUCAUGCUUGUCUGGCAUGACUCGAGAAUCUGUCAUGCACGUUGCCCAAGAGCCGCAUUUUUCUGUCAUGCGGAGACGCAGUUUGUCAUGCAGAAUAGGCAACACCUACAAGCUUAGAAAUUUGUCAUGCUGAGCCAGCACAUGUGGCCCCCUCAUGCUACGCCACUCAGCAUCACAAGUUUCCAGACCCAGACAUUUUUGCAGUUCAUACUGAAGACGAAGAAGCAGUUUUUCUCCUGGAUCCGAAGGCAGGACCCCGGCCUAUCAACUGUAAAAAUGUCUGGGUCUGGAACAAAGCAACUUGUCAUGCUAUAUCAAUAUCUGAAUCAUGUAAAAAUCUGUGUUGCAUGAUUGCCAAAAGCUGUCCACUUUUGACCUAAUCGAGAGGCAGUUUCUCAUGCAGGAUAGGCAUGAUAGAACUCUCACAGAAUCUGUCAUGCUCUGUCCUACAUGCCCGACCUCAUGGGUCAUGGAAAACCUGCAUGACAAGUCUAGCACUCUUCCAGACCCAGACAUUUUUGCACUUGAUACGGCCUUCCUGGUUACCAGAGCCCCGGCGCCGACCCAGGGUUCGAAAACAUCGGGAAAGAGGAAUGGCUGACAACUUUACAUCUGCAGUUUGGCUUGGAGUGGAUCGAAAAGAAGGAUUUGGACAAUCUGAAAAAAGUUUUGACCGGGGGGCCGCAGGUUCAGAACACGGACACCUGCAUAUGACAGUGCACAACUCCCCCUCCCCUUCCUUUGUCAUGCAGAGCCCCAAAUGCAAGUGCUUCCCUUUGGCACUGUUUGCAUGACAGAUUCCGGAAGGAGCCCAAACGCAAACAGUGCUACACGAGGCGCAUAAAUUUGUCAUGCACAGGCUCCACAUGUGCUGGUGUUUGUAUUGCUGUUUGUGCAACAUCAGAAAUGAGGGGGAGGGGGAGUUGUGCACAUUCAUACUGAAAGGAUGCGCUUCACUACAAAGAUUUCGACGAUGACUUUUGUAUCAGCAGUAGCGGAUACAAAGAUAAGCUUCCCCGCUGUCCUAUCGCAUGCGAAAUGACGGUAUGA